AUGCGAACCCUCACACCCACCUCCCUCUACACGAUAUGUCUCCGCCAAACACCCCUCUCCGUCCCUCUUCGCCGAACCUUCUCCACCACGCCACAACAACCACCUCGCUCACCACCCUCCAACCCCAACAAAAAAAGCCUCUCAGACCUCACCCCCACCGACAUAUCCUACUACUGGGACACAACAAUACCCACCCCCUCGCAACUAACCUACGCCGACAAGAUCUUCACGCCCACCCGCCACGGCCCCAUCAAACUAUGGUCCGCGAGCAAAUUCCGAACCACGCCGCUGUCGUCUGUGGAGCCGGAAGUGGCCUUCCUGGGGCGUUCCAAUGCAGGGAAAAGCUCAUUGCUGAAUGCGGUCAUGGGGAGGGAGAUUUGUUGGACGUCGUCGAAGCCCGGGCGCACGAGGGAGAUGAAUGCGUUUGGGAUUGGGGGGACGAAGGGCGGGGAGUCGAAGGUUGUGUUGUUGGAUAUGCCUGGGUAUGGGAGGGCGAGUAGGGCGGAGUGGGGGGUCGAGAUUAUGAAGUAUUUGCAGGGGAGGAAACAACUUCGACGAGCAUUCCUCCUAAUCGACAGUGAUCACGGCAUCAAAAAAACAGACCAAGACAUCCUAAUGUUAUUCCGACGCUACGCAAUCCCGCAUCAAAUCGUCCUCUCCAAAGUCGACAAAGUGCUCGCAAAGAAAAAAAGCCAGGUGAAGAGCGGCGUAUCGACCGCCAGCAUUGCCUCAUUGCAAAAAAUGCUACAGGGGCUGAGACCCGUCGUGCAGCCCGUUGUGCAAGUGGAGGGUCCUGGCGCGUUGGGGGAGAUCUUGACCUGCAGCGCGGAGACGACAAUGGGGCCGGGCCAGGCGUUGGGGGUCAGCGCUUUGCGGUGGGCCAUUCUGUCGGCUGCUGGGUUGGAUGGGAAGGUUGAAGCGAGGGCUGAGGCUGCUUCGCCUGUGUCUGGACUGUCUGCCGUUGCGUCAUGA